GCCUCGCUCGGCUCUCCUGACAGCGAGGCAAGAAAUUCCUAGCUUCGUCCAGCCUCGCCAAAGCCGCGUCUGGACUGCGUGCUUUUCCUUUAAAACGAAUAGAACGAGGAGUCAGCUCCUUUUUGAAUGAAGAAUGUGCUCCUUUAUUUGAAGUGCCGGAACGUCGCGGUGUCUACACGUAGUCCGUGUUACAUGGAGUCUCGAACGAGCCGCGAGACCGGUGUGUGCAUUAUUAAUGGUACCGUAAUAAUCACUCGCGAAAUAUCACGGACAACGAAAUGGCGCUUUCAAAAGAGCAGCUGAGAUUCUUGGAGACUUCGACGCGCAGAUAGAAAACUAAGGAUCUCUUCCACCGCAGAAUACUUACUUGACAAUCCGGUUACCGUCGGUGGAGUAUUCUGGAGAUACUAGGUACAUAUACCUACCUGCAACGCGGUAACAUUAAAAUGGGCUCUGAGGCUUGGGAAUUGGAAAGGAGAUAUUCCGUUCCUGGAGCAUUGGACACCCGGGGUCUGGAACCACCAGCAAGCGAAGAUCUACAUGCUUGGUCCAUUUACCGUCAAAACCUCAAUUCUGACUUCACUGACUCUGCGUUGGGUUCAGCCGAGAAAUCACCGUUACCAUACGGGAAUUUUCAACUGAGAGAUUCGACGGUCCAAAGCAUACUGAGGCAUCCACGAUAUGGGCCCAAGAGUCCGUUGGCCAACAACUCAUUCACGUAUUUGAAAUUCGGAUUGCCAAGGGUACUGCCACCCUCCAGAAUCCGCGACGGCUCCAGUGGCUAUGAUUCCAGCGAAGAGGGUCGCAGAGUGCCUCUCCAUGGAAGUGGGGCCCAUGCGAGUGCGAUGCGAUCAGCCAGGAGCGAUCCAGAUUUUAGACAAGUUCACGCGGUGCCCAGAGAUCAGGCUAGCUCUCAACUCAAUGUCAGAGAGAGUGCGAGGCUCAGAAGUGCCAGCGAGGCUAAUCUAUUGAACACUUAUAGACCAAGCCGAAGGCACAGCAUGGCGCCAACCGAGCCUGGAUACAGCCACCACGGUGCUAUAGCCUUUGAAAAUUUACCAAUGCAAAUGAGACCUAGUGCGAUACCCAUGCAGCAUCCACACUUACAAUUUCGAGGUGUCGAGGCUUCUGGAUCCAAUGGAUUACCUUUGUUGAGGGGCAUAUCUUUGGAGGUGGGGGCUAACGAAGUGAUGGCUGUGAUGGCCACAACAGAAAGGGAGGGAACCCUCAUUAUGGAAACUAUUUCUGGUCGUAGGAGAAUUAAACGUGGAGAUAUUUUGAUGAAUGGAAGGUCCAUGUCUGCUUCUUUGCUGAGGUCUCGUGUCGCUUAUCUAUCUGCGGAGAGUACCCUCAGUCCGGGUCUUACGGCGGAGCAAACACUCAGCUUUUAUUUGAGACUCAGAGGAGGAUCGGGAUCAUCGUCUAUGGAAUCAGAUGCAAUACUCCAAGAGCUUGGCUUGGAAGCAACAAAACACUGUCUUGUGAAUACUUUGACGACAUCAGAGGUCCGAAGGCUUGCCUUGGCGUGUCGAUUGCUUCAAAAUUCCCAUAUUCUUGCCUUGGACAGACCAACGCAUGGUCUGGAUAUUUUCGAUGCAUUUUUUCUGGUCGAAUACUUGAGGCAGUGGGCUAGCCGAGGACAAAGACUCGUCAUUUUAACCCUACAUCCACCGACGUACGAAAUAUUAACUAUGGUAUCAAGGGUUGCACUUACUUCUGGGGGUAGAAUCAUGUACACCGGCCCUAGAAGAGACAUGCUGCCCUAUUUUGCCCUCGCCGAAUUUCCUUGCCCUCCGUUCAAAAAUCCUUCGGACUAUUAUCUUGACUUGGUCACAUUGGACGACUUGUCAGCGGAAGCAAUGCUGGAAUCAUCGCAAAGAAUAGAUCACCUGGCAGAACUGGCAAGAGUGAGAUUACCAGGCAUAAGCGAUCCCGGAGCUCCUGGACCGUUGCCUCCUUCAAUAUCAAGUGCAAAUUUACUUGUACAAAUCUACGUUCUGUUACUGAAGACCUUGAUAUACAGCCAACCUGGAGCGUUGGCUCGAAUUUUGCAAAAAAUUCUGUUUGCUGCUUCCCUUAGUAUAAUCCUGGGUGCAGUGUUUUGGGAUGUAUCUGGUGAUACUAAUUUAUAUUUACGAGACAGAAUUGGACUGCAUUACGCUAGUUUUGGAAUACUGUGUUGGCCACUCAAUCUCAUAGCUAUCAUUGAUGUUUCUAAGGCCAGACUAAGCGUAGAAAGAGACAUCAGAGAUGGACUGUACGCAAGAUUUGUCUACAUUUUUGUAGAGCUGCUGUGCAGUAUACCAACAUGGUGUGUCAUUUUUCUGAUAUAUUUAGCACCGGCAUUUGCAAUGUCAGGCUUACAUUUAACUCCGGAAGAAAACUUAUCAACACUGUGGAAUUACCUGGCGAUUGGCUUGCUGUAUUUGAUGUUCCAGCAUUUAAUUUGUGUCUUAUUCGCUCAUAUUUGUAAAUGGCCUGGAUUGGCAGCCUUUUGUUCGGGAUUAGUUAUUGGUGAAUUGACAUUAGCUGGAGGUGUAACUUUACAUUUAGAAAAUUUCCCGUGGUGGUAUAGACAGUGGAGUCCCAUGGAAUGGGUUCUGUCGAUACUACUUCCCGAAGUUCACGGACCUUGCAAAGCGAAGCAAGUUCUACGUCAAGAUAUCAUCUUCCAAGCGACUUGUGAAACGCCCGAUGGCCUUGUAACUUUGCAAGAGGUUGGUCUGGAUAAAAUUAAGCCACAUUCUAUUUUGUGGCUGGGCACAGCCACAGCAGUGUUGGUUAUUCUAAUUGUAAUAGGAUUUUUAUUCUUCAAAUAUGCAACACCGAAGCGGCCGAGAAGCGCGCCAAAUAAACCGUAAGUUUUUUUUACUUACACCUUUCGGGUAAUGAUUCUCACAUGAGUUUUCACAAACAGCAUCAAGUUUUACACGUUACCAAAUUAGUUCGAUUUACUGAUCAAGAUUCAUAAAUCCUGCAUUUCCGUCGAUAAUCAGCGUAUCGAGUGUUAUGGAAAUCAUGUAUUGCUCUAUUUACUGUCGAAUGACUUAUGCUGUGAUUGACAAACUCAUGUAGUAUAGAAUAUAUAGUUUUUACUUUUGCAUACAUUUUAUUUCAAACUUGUCUUGGAGAUGUCUAUGCUUCUGCGACUCUUUAAAGCCAAGAGCUUUAGAAACUUGCAGAAUAGACAUCUAAUAGAUUCGAAAUUAUAUUAAAUGUGGUAUUAAUUAUUGUAAUCUUCAAUGAAGUUUACUGAAUCGAGCAAACCAGUUAUAAAACAAAGAAUGGAUGAUAUACUUUCUCUGAAAUAAAAACACUUCCAAUAAA